UGUCAUAGAAAAGCCCAUAAACGUCUCCAAAUAUUCUCCUCGCACACCCAGCACUCCCAUAAACCCCCGUAUUCUCGCCACACCCCACAGCGGCGCAGGAAGGAAAGAGGUGGGACCCAGCAAUCCCCUUCGCCGGAAUGGACAUCGAUUCAGAUUUCCAGAAAAUUAACAUCAAAUCGCAGGAGGAAGGAGGUGGCGCGCCGAUACCCAUGGACUCCGAAGACUCUUCCACCAUUCAGCUGGGAUUUGUUUGAUUUGUUCUGAAGAAUAAGGGCAAAGAAGAUGAGGAACUUACUGAUUCGAUGAAGAAACUGCAAGUUGAGGAAUCAUCGUCAGGGCAGUCGGGGUCCAAUUUCAAGAGAAAACCUGUUAUUAUAAUUGUGGUGGGCAUGGCAGGGAGUGGUAAAACAACCUUUAUGCAGCAGUUGGUUUCACACACUCGUGAAUCCGACAUUCGUGGCUAUGUGAUGAACCUUGACCCAGCUGUGAUGACUUUACCGUUUGGUGCAAAUAUUGACAUAAGGGAUACCGUUCGGUACAAGGAGGUGAUGAAGCAAUUCAAUCUUGGACCAAAUGGGGGGAUUUUGACUUCACUCAACUUGUUUGCUACCAAGUUUGAUGAGGUUGUUUCAGUCAUUGAGAAGCGAGCGCAUCAGCUUGAUUAUGUUCUUGUGGAUACUCCGGGUCAGAUUGAGAUAUUCACUUGGUCUGCCUCUGGUGCUAUCAUCACAGAAGCGUUUGCAUCAACGUUUCCUACUGUAAUUGCUUAUGUGGUAGAUACACCUCGUUCUGCUAGCCCGGUUACUUUUAUGAGCAACAUGCUUUAUGCUUGUAGUAUCCUUUACAAGACAAGGUUACCUCUUGUGUUGGCAUUCAACAAGAUUGACGUGGCUCAACAUCAGUUUGCUUUGGAGUGGAUGGAGGACUUUGAGACAUUUCAAGCAGCAGUGAGUGCAGAUAGUUCAUACUCUUCAAAUUUAGCUCAGAGCCUCUCCCUUGUGCUGGAUGAAUUCUAUAAGAACUUGCGGUCUGUUGGAGUUUCUGCAGUUUCUGGUGCUGGAAUGAAGGAUUUCUUUAAGGCCGUUGAAGCUAGUGCUGAGGAGUACAUGGACAGCUAUAAGGCUGAUCUGGACAAAAGACGGGCAGAGAAGCAACGUUUGGAGGAGGAACACAGAAAGGAGAACAUGGAGAAGUUGAGGAAGGAUAUGGAGAAGUCCGGGGGAGAAACUGUGGUCUUGAGCACUGGUUUGAAGGACAAAGGUGAGAGGGGCAAAGCCAUGAUGGAUGAGGACGAGGAAGAUCAAGUUGAAGAGGAAGAUGAGAUGUUCACCGAAGAUGAGGACGGUAUAGACGAAGAUGAAGAUGAAGAGGCUGAAAGGUUCACAUUUUGAUGCUUUUGGAUUGUAAGUAUUAACUCACUAGUUAGGAAAAGGGAUUGGACAAUAUCACUUGGGGCGGGCAUUGAUGAAAAUUAGAGUAUUUAGAUGAAUGAUGUGUCGUAAACUUAGUAGUUUUUAGGCAUAUUGUUAACUGUCGACAUGCUAAUGUUUGCCGGUUUGUGUAUAUAUGGUCGCGUCCGCUUGUACUUAUCAACCAUCAAAUGUUUAUCCUGGAAUAUCAUGAAAGCUAUAAAGGUGUAUGGAGAUAAUUUUGGAUUGUA